UAUCCAACACUGUUAUUGAUUUGCGCGAAACUAGACUUGCGCAAGUGAAGGCUCUUUUGUUUGCUUUGCUCUGAUUUGUGAAGGCAGUGGUGUACAAGGAAAAACACAAAUAGUAUCCGCUGGGGUUCUGUAAGGGAGGGUCGUAAAAAUGAGUGGUGUGGACGAAAUACUCAAUUAUGAGAGUAACCCCAAUGAUGACUACUACGCACUGCUCGGCUGCGAUGAGAACUCUUCGGUUGAGCAAAUAACUGCGGAGUACAAGGUGCUGGCUCUUCAGCACCACCCCGACAAGAACGAUGGCGAUAAGGAGGCUGAGGCGAAGUUCCAAAAACUGAAGGAAGCCAAGGAGACCCUGUGCGACCCGUCGAAGCGUGCUCUCUACGACAAGUGGAAGCAGAGCGGCAUCGCCAUGAGCUUCAAGCAGUGGCACGGCAUGAAGGACCACGUCCAGCAGUCCAUGCACUGGUCCAAGCCUAACACCAAGGACAGGAUGCUGCCAGAAACCGAAGGCGGGAAGUCUGGUCCGUCGAGCCUGGGCCCGUCCAACGCAGCCGCUCGUCGCGCAUCCGAGGGGGGCGCCAACCUGUGGGGGCGCUGGGGGGGCGGCAACCAGGAGCCCCCCUCCGAGGUCAUCAACAAGUUCCGCAACUACGAGAUCUAAACCUCCUUCGCGCCACAAACCAAUGGGGUCUAUGCUGUCUAUGGUCGCGCGAUGCUAGUUCCCCAUCGCACGACCUCUUUGCUAGAUACACCUCGUUGGUCUGGCUUGUUUAACACUCUCUUAACUGGACUUGUAAAAGUACAGUUGUUUGAGUGUUGAGCUUUUUUAUUAUGUUAUUUAUUGCUAGAGGUUGCUUGUGCCGCAACCUCUACGGUUUACAAUCAAAAUGUAUUUACAAAACUUACAUUCCAAUAUUUACCUCUCAUGACACAAAAAUGUUGUGAUAAUCGGCCAGGCUGUUGAAAACACUUGCCAAUAAUUUUUAUUCGAUAUUAUUACUAUUGUGAUCUGUUUUAUGUAUACUCAAUUAUACAAGUUUGUGUAUGUUAAUUGUAAUUUAGUCUUAAAGGCACAAUAUUCAUCAAGUCAGCUCGAAAAGUUACUUAAAUGUUAGUUGUAUGUUAGAGUUUAAACUAAGGUUACAUUCGAUGUUUGGUGUGUUUUAAACUAUCAAUGUUGCCCGUUAGACGUGUCCCAUUGUCCAACAAUGACUAUAGUUACACCUAGCCGAACCUGUAGCUUUAAUCUACACGAUCCUACUCUAAUAAUCACAAAGUCUGAACGUUGAAAUUUCUGCUGUAGAACAAUAUGUUAGUACUUAAAGUAUCUUAAUAUUUUGAAGAGUUCUAUAUAUUUUGGAAUCCUCUAUGAACUGUCUUGUCCUAUUUACAUUAUUUUUAUACAAGGAGUGCGGAAAUAUUAUUGUGUAAUCCAAACAGGGUAUAGGUAGAAGCGCGAUGCGAGAUGGUCUCUCUAUUAUUUUUUUCUGACCUUUCUUUAUCUGAAAGACAUAUUUAAAUCAUUAUAAUAAAUUAAAUGUUAUUUACUCAUUCCCAAAUGGCUGUUGUGUUCCCCGGUAGAAGUUAAAUAUAGAAAUUAUUAAUAUUAUAAUAUCAGUAUUUAUGUUUGAUGUUUAACAAUAUAAAUGUUAUAGAUGGAGUAGAUGUUUUUAAUGUUUUAUCUGAAUGGAAAUCUCUUAGCUUAAUUAAUGACAAAUCUAAAUGUUUAUUUUUGAUGUUACAUAUCUUUCAAACAAUAAAGAAUUACCAACACAA